CGGUGUGUGCCUCUGGAUGUGUCGUCUUUGAUUACGCGUCGUGACCCUCGCUCCCCGUCGUCUUGGAAGCUCUUCGUGGGCGGUCUUGACUGGAGCACCACCCAAGAGACUCUACGCAGCUACUUUUCCCAAUAUGGAGAAGUUGUAGACUGUGUGAUCAUGAAAGAUAAAACCACCAACCAGUCUCGAGGCUUUGGGUUUGUCAAAUUUAAAGACCCAAACUGUGUGGGGACGGUGCUGGCCAGCAGACCACACACACUGGACGGCCGAAACAUCGACCCAAAGCCAUGCACACCUCGGGGGAUGCAGCCGGAGAGGACACGGCCGAAGGAAGGAUGGCAGAAAGGACCCAGGAGCGAUAACAGUAAAUCAAAUAAGAUAUUUGUCGGUGGGAUCCCUCACAAUUGCGGUGAGACAGAGCUCAGGGAAUACUUCAAGAAAUUCGGAGUGGUCACAGAAGUGGUCAUGAUCUACGACGCAGAGAAACAGAGGCCUCGAGGUUUUGGAUUUAUUACUUUCGAGGACGAACAAUCAGUGGACCAGGCUGUCAACAUGCAUUUUCACGACAUCAUGGGCAAAAAAGUGGAAGUUAAACGGGCCGAGCCACGCGACAGCAAAAGCCAAGCGCCGGGACAGCCAGGUGCCAGCCAGUGGGGCAGCCGGGUCGUGCCCAGUGCUGCUAAUGGCUGGGCAGGCCAGCCCCCACCCACGUGGCAGCAAGGAUACGGCCCACAAGGAAUGUGGGUACCAGCCGGACAGGCAAUCGGUGGCUAUGGACCGCCCCCUGCGGGAAGAGGAGCCCCCCCACCGCCGCCACCGUUCACCUCUUACAUUGUGUCCACCCCUCCCGGAGGCUUCCCCCCUCCUCAGGGCUUCCCACAGGGCUACGGUGCCCCUCCACAGUUCAGCUUUGGCUACGGGCCCCCGCCUCCACCGCCGGAUCAGUUUGCCCCACCUGGGGUCCCUCCUCCACCUGCUACUCCAGGGGCAGCACCUCUGGCCUUCCCACCGCCUCCAUCUCAGGCCGCCCCCGACAUGAGCAAGCCCCCGACGGCCCAGCCAGACUUCCCCUACAGCCAGUACGGUUACGGACAGGACUUGGCCGGCUUCGGACAGGGCUUCUCAGAUCCCAGCCAGCAGCCCCCCUCGUAUGGGGGCCCCUCAGUGCCGGGCUCGGGGGGCCCCCCCGCCGGCGGAAGUGGCUUUGGACGAGGUCAGAACCACAACGUGCAAGGAUUCCACCCGUACCGACGCUAGCUGGCCGGCGCCGUGUGGACGUCAGGGCGGCCGAGACCCAGGAUUUAAAACUUGUGAACUCGUGACAAUCACAAACUUGGCAGAAAAAUAACGGCUCACCGUUGGGGGGAGGGGGGCGAGAGGCUUUUGGAGGCGGCUGUGGGUGUCUGGACUGAAGUUUUUAAACAUAUUUCUUUCUCUAACCCAUCAGCACAAUAAAAAAAAGUCACUGGUUCAACAACAGGGUUUAAAAAAAAUGUCUUCAGCUUUAAUUCAAAACUUCAGGUUUCUUUUUCUUCCUUUUUUUUGAAAUUAUUUUCCUGAGCCUUUUGUUUUACCGUAUAUUGUAAACUUUUAUGUUAAAGAAAAAAUAUACAUUUACAAAUUGUGAGAUUUUUAAGAGAAAUUUUCUACGAUGUAUACUGGCUUAUUUUUUAAUUUAAAGCAGGGUUUCCGUCGGCACUGGUGGCAGUGAGGGGCGUUUCAGUGCCUCACUCCUGGCUUUGAGGGUCGGGGCUUGUUGGUCCAGAAACUCUGGGAGCUUACAGAAAAAGUCUACUGAGCGUGUUUUGUUUUUUGUUUAUUCCUUGCUUUUGUCGACUGACCUGCCUGGCAGCGCCCGCAGGUGCGCCGUGGGGGCCGCGCCCGCCCAGCCUCUGCCGGCGCCGCCCCGCGUCCGCCCCGGCAGCAAGGACAAGGAGGCCUUGUCAGCCGCUCUCCCGCGCACGUGGUUUCAGGGCGUCCCCACCGACCAGUUUGACCCUGGUUUGAAUAAAGAGAAGUGCGUUUGGAUUAGAAA